AUGUUAUCCACCCGAGGACUAAAAAACGUCAAGGAGCUUGAUGUGCCAUGGCGCUUUGCUCCCACUCAGACAUACGACCGAGAAACAAACCCAACAGGACUGAUCUCAUUUGGCAUGGCGGAGAAUGUCACUUUCACACAAGAUGCUAUCAGCUACCGCUCAAGUGCACCAACAGCAGCAACAUUACCGGUCGCAGCAGCAGCUCAUUUAAACAAGAUCCUUAGCCCACAUGCUCCAAUUAACUCCGAGCAGAUAGUCGUCGCAGACUCUCCAACCUCUUUGGGCAGUAUGCUCGGAUAUAGCCUUGCAGAGCGGGGCGAUGGAAUCCUUGUUAAUAGGCCUGUAUACGGUCGCUUUGAGCUCGACUACGGUGUCGAAGCGGGUGUUGAGAUGGUCUAUGCGGAUACUGCAACAGAGGAGGCGUUUGCCCCUGCUUCGGUGGAAAAGUAUGAGCUUGCCUUGGCUGCUGCGAGGAAGCGUGGGGUGGAGGUUCGGGCGGUGUUGCUUGUUAACCCGCAUAAUCCUGUUGGUCGGUGUUAUCCAGCCGAGACGCUCAAGGCUAUUGCCCAGUUCUGCGAAAAACAUGCUCUCCACUUGAUCAGUGAUGAGGUCUAUGCUUCUUGCGUCUUUGAUACGGGUGAUCCUGAAGCCGUACCGUUUACGUCUAUCAUGUCCCUUGAUUUUUCGGGUUUGAUAGACCCAAAUUUCGUUCAUGUUUUAUAUGGCUUCAGCAAGGACUUCGCAUCAGGGGGUCUUCACCUUGGAUUCCUAGUGACACAGAACCACCAACUGCGACAGGCAUGCAAAGCAAUUCUGAGACUCCACGGCGCAUCACAAGCAGCCGUAGAAAUUGGCACAGCAAUUCUCAAAGACCAAGCCUUCGUAUCAAGCUUUACAAUGAAAGCACGGGAGAGUCUCGCUUCGGCAUACCGGCUUACAACAUCGAUACUAGACAAGGAAGGUAUCAACUACAUCAAGGGCGGGAAUGCGGGCUUCUUUGUGUACAUUGAUUUAUCGCCAUAUCUUCCCUCCGAGGAUGUUUCUCCCAGAGAGCGGGAAUUUGUUCUUGCACAAAAACUUCUUGAUGCUGGUAUCUUUUUGCAUCCUGGUGAAGAGCAUUCAACUGAUGUUGGAUGGUUUCGGUUGGUUUUCUCGCAGGAUGAAGAGACCUUGAAGGAAGGUCUGAAGAGGUGA